GAAGCUUUCCAAGCUUUUGAGCGAAGCUUUACAAGCUUCUGAGUGAAGCUUUCAAAGCUUCUGAAAGAAGCUGUCCAAGCUUCUGAGUGAAGCUGUCUAAGCUUCGGAAAUAAGCUGUCCAAGCUUCUGAAAGAAUCUGUCCUAGCUUCUGAAAGAAGCUUUCAAAGCUUCUGAAAGAAGCUUUCAAAGCUUCUGAAAGAAGCUUCUCAUGAGAAGCUUUCUCACUUUCUUAGAGAUGCUUUCCGACCUUCUAGGAAAAGCUUUCUAAGAUUAUAAGAGCAGCUUUCCAAUCUUCUAAGAGAAAUUAUAGUAGUUUUUGGAGAUGCUUCCCAAGCUUCUUAGAGAAUGUUUUUAGGCUUCUGAGAGAAGCUUUUGAGAGAAGUUUUUGAGAGAAGUCUUCUGAAAGAAGCAUUCCAAGCUCCAGGGAGAAUCUUUCCAAGCUUCGGAGAGACGUACUCCAUGAUUCCGAGAGAAGCAUGAGAGCAUGAAGGUAUGAUUCCGAUAGACGAAUUGAAGCAUCAAUAACUGAACCACUGUCAACUCAUUACUACAAAAAUUCCAUUAAAUAUUUUCAUGACCUGUCAGAUGACAGCUGUUUGAUUUCUGCGUCGUUACCCUCUUUUGCGAUGACAAUUUCUAAUUCGGAAGGGUGAUUUUUUCCCAUGCAUUCACCUUCAACCCCCAACCAUGCGGAACCGGCUAUAAUUUCGCAUGCUGCCACCAACAGCGUUGAAACAUCUGGAUUUGGAUUGACGGAAUUCCCAUGCUGGACAUCGAAGUUGCCGCCCACGUAUAUUACUGCCUGGGUUGUCGUUGAAAACCUUGGAUCGAUCUGUGAAGACUCGCACAGGUUGUCAGAAUGAGAUUUCAUUGAUUUUAAAUGCAGUGACGCCAGAUAGCAUUGCAAACUAAUAAGUGUACAGAAUAGUGAUGGCUGAGAGAUUUUGAACUUGAAAUCGAAAGUCCUGCGAAUUUCCGUACCCAAUAACUUUUUCUUAGAUCUCAUCCGUAGAAACUCACACGAUUCCGUAGAGCUGACAUCGUUGCUAUCAGGGAUCGUAAUUAUCAUUGAAUUUCUUGGUAAAAUGUCAUGACAUUUUCCAUCCCUGGCUGCUAUUUCAAACGGGUCACUAGCGUAGUACUAGAUUCUCACGCACCUACUUCGAUUGUUCCCAGCUCCCAGUAACCCCGAAUCGCACGUGCACGAAUACUUCAUCGAUGCAACGGAAGUAAAGGGCGCAUACAUCGCCGCCGCAAUCGAUUACCUCCGUUUUCGGUUUGUUGACACUGCUGGCUGCGCUCCGGAGCGCACUCGAUUCGGCCUUAUCAGCACAACAGCUGAGCAAUGCGUUUCCGAACGUCGAGUUGCUGGGAGCAGCAACUGCUGCUAGCUUUCGGUUCCCUUCGGUUCGCUUUGCCGCGGCCAGGUAAAGAUAACAAGCACAAACACUAGUCUUCUUCCCCUCCAGUCCAGCCGCCAACGCAUCCCGCCCGCACGUUCUGUGCGCUUUUGUGCGAGGGAGAUCAAAGCAGGCGGGUAAACAGUAAUUAAAAGUCGAGAGUUGUCGAAAAGGGGAUGAUGAUUCAGCCAGCUGGGCCAAGGCAUUUGUUUUUGGGGGCAGUACUCCCUAGGAUUUGUUUGGUAACGACCGGGCCGAAGCAGCGCUGCCUACUUUGUCCAAUGCCGUGUUGUCAUGACUAAAAAGUCAAUAUUGACCGGAUUCAGUGUACACAAAAAAUCGUCGAUGGACAUCGCAGUUGGUGGUUGUCUGUCAUUGAAGAAAAGGGGUGCAGCCUUUACCUGAAUUUUGAAUCAAUGGCGCAAGUUCUGUAUACAGUGAUUUCGCUGGCAAUCGGCAGCUCAUUUGUUUAUUCGCACGUCAACACAUGGUUCACUGGUUGAUAAGACACGCACCGAUAGUGAUUUCUCAUUAAAUAGAGCAAAUAUUUAAUUGUCAAAACGGGGGAACAUUUCGCAGCCUACUACAGGAUUGUUUACAUCGGUUGGAGAAUGACACCGCGGAAAGUCACGUUCUAUGUGGACUAGUACCGGUGCUUGAGAGGGUUGGACACUUGUCGUACUCAGUUACUGUGCGAAUCUCUCACCUUACUCCAGCGAGGAAACCGGAACACGCACGUUAUCAGCGCUUGCUCAAGUUCGGGUUGAGUCGGGCAGCUCGCCGCCAUGCCGGCCGCCGUCAGAACAGGUGACAGCGACUACUCGAUGCAUGACAGUUCGAUUUGAUGCGACGCGGAAGAGAGUGUGAAAAGAAGUGGUGAAGCGGGAAAGUAAUCAAAAAGUGUGCCUUGUGUGUAUGUGCAGCCAAAGCCUGCUGCGAUUUUGUUUUUGAAUACGUUGUGGUGAAAGUGUGGUGCCACGUGGUGGCGCUAGUGAUGCUAGUGGCUUGAAAAGGCAGCAGUAAAUUGUGGGUGUAACGAAGAAAAGGCUUAAUAGUGGCUGCAGCUGCGUCAUUGUUCGAGUGCAUGGAAUCGUUUCGCUUCGUCGGUCGAGUCGAUAAAAUUGGCUUUCCGUGGUAACUUGAAAGUAGUGAAGAAGCAAGAAGCGAAGGCAAUUCAAUUACUUGAAGAGUUGCCGUGAACCAUUGGAGCGUGGAGGGCUCAUAAAUUGUUCGCCGUGUCUCCUCCCUGGGCGGAACUGCUACACUAGAUGCCGCCGCAGAUAUUGCCCUCCUCAAAGAUGCAAUCCCGCGAGCAUCCGUUCAACCGUUCGACGCGCCCUCUGCUGGAGCGUCGAGCCAAUAUGGCGCAACCGCAGGUCCUCAACAGCAAGCAGAUCAACACCGUGAAGAACAAGGCUCCUACGCGAGGCUACAAUGACUUCAACCUUAUCACUCGCCAAUACGAGAACCUGAACUCCAACAAAGGCUAUCCGUAUGGUAGUCCGCCGUCUCCACCACAUCACGCUUUGAACAACAUUGACUUUCAGUUCUCGGACGUGACAAACGAUCAUCGAUACCAGCGCCCGGUAGCACCGACCACAAACCAUUUCUUCACGGCCGUCAGCACCAAUCGCAACAACAGCGAUCACGAAGACGACGAUGACUACGACGAACUGGUCUACCAUCACAAUCAGCUGAACGUGGUCCAGUCCGGUCCGAUGUUGCCGCGUCGUCGCCUCAUCGAUGCGUCCUCCUGCGGCAACAAUCUGGCGAUACCGCCCGUUCCACCGCAGCGGAUCCUACCGAUUCAGACUCCUCCGCCUCCGCCUCGCGGGGACACUCCGGAAAACGACGGUCCCUUCGUGUUCGGAGUGCACCAUCCCAAUACCUUCACGCCGGCUUACGACAAAGCGAAGGAUGCAUCAACAACCGUCCAGCAGCACAACUACAGUGAUAUUAGCUCCAGUGAGAAGGAAAGGCGAGCACUCGUCAAGGCGAAGAAGCGAACGAAAAAAGAAAAAAAGCAAAAAUCAAAAGACAAAUGCAAGGAGAAGCAGUUGGCAUCCAGUAGUAGCAGCAGCAGUAGUAGCAGUAGCAGUUGCACCAAAGAAAAAGUCGAUGACGAAGAUGAUGAAUCACCGAACGUCAAAUGUGUCCUGGUGGGUGACGGAGCAGUUGGCAAAACGAACCUCAUCGUGUCCUACAUUCAAGAUCGGUUUAUUCCGGAAUACGUGCCGACAGCCUUCGAUAAGUACAAUGUGGACGUCAGCGUGGAUGGCCGGCCCAUCUGUGUGACCCUGUGCGACACCGCCGGCCAGGACGCUCUCGACCCGCUGCGGCAGCUGUGCUACCCCGGUACCGAUGUGUUCCUGCUGUGUUUCUCCGUCGUGCAGCCGGAAUCGUUCCGCUCGCUAGCGUCCAAGUGGGCCCCGGAGGUGUCGAAACUGCGUGGCGCUGUAGUCCUGGUGGGAACCCAAUCCGAUCUGCGGAACGACCGGAGCACGGCACUUAAGCUACAGAUACAAGGAGAGAAACCCGUUCCGGUGUCGGCUGCGUGGGACUUUGCCCGAAAGAUUGGAGCCAAAUACAUCGAAACGUCCUCACAUAGGAAGGUAAGAACCCUUUUGACGUAGUUUCAAUUAACCCUAGUCGUGCAUUGGGGUCAUUAUGACCCC